AUGGACAAUAUCCACUCUGAUGGAACGAUUGACACGCCUCCGUUUUGUAUUUCGGAUGACGUGGCACCGGACGUUUCUCCACUUCUCCGUGAGCAUAUUGACACCGUUCUCCGUAAUUGCACCGCCCGUGAUCCAUCCACGAUCGACAUAAUUCUGUUUUAUAGAGUUUCGGAUUCUUUGGUGGUGGGACUGGGCCGCCAUUUGGAGUGCCGAGUGGCGUCGAGAAUGGAGAUGAGUUACCAUUGCCCAGGAGAUUGUGUCCUAUUGACAUUUGAUGCUGUUGUUGUUGUUGGGAACCUAGAAAAAUGGGAAAAUUGUAGAAAAUUGGCGAAAAAUUAG